GUUAUCUUGUUUCCCUGUGACUCCUCCCACAUUUUUUCCUUAUAAAUGGGAAUAAAAGGAAGCUCACUCAAUUUGAAUUUAAAUACCAAGAACCCUGAUCAAGAAUUUGUUGCUUUGUUCGGCUGCAGUGAGCCUGAUUCUAGACGCUGUAUCUGAGAUGAGGGCCUCUGUUCUGCUCUGCUUCUGUUUUUGGAUGAACUCUGGUGCUAUUGCUGUUCAGACCGAUCAGAAAUGUGGUGCCGCUCCGCCGGUGAACCCAAUGGUUCAGUUCCUGAGGGUGGUCGGGGGAACCCAAGCUACACAUGGAUCCCACCCAUGGCUGGUUUCCAUGCAGAACAGAGGCUCUCAUUUCUGUGGAGGAGCCAUUCUGACGGAGAGCUGGGUCCUGACCGCAGCACACUGCUUCCCAUCACUAUCAAAAGAAUUUCUGAGUGGCGUGUUGGUUCUGGUGGGAGAGUUUGACCUUCGAGUUGAAGAAGAUGAGCAAGUCUUUACGAUCAAGUCUGUUUCAGUCCAUGAGAAAUACAGUCCAGCAUUUCCAAUGAACUAUGAUAUAGCUUUGGUGGAACUGGAUCAUCACAUCACAAUGGGAGCUCGUGUCACGCCGAUAUGUCUCCCUCAGCCUGAUUUAAAAAUCCCUCCAUGGACCAACUGUGCUGUUGCUGGCUGGGGAAAAACAAAAGAAAGGGGGCGUCUUUCGACAGUCCUGAGAGAAGUCAACCUUGGGUUGGUAGAACAAGCCAAGUGUAAAUACACGCUAAGGACGAUCAUAAGCUCAUUUGCAAAACAGAAACAAAGAUUGCGCAACGCAGGUAUGACGGUUCUUUGUGCUGGACCAGAAGAAGGAGGAAGAGACGCCUGCCAGGGAGACUCCGGGGGUCCUCUGGUAUGUCCUACAGGGUCAGGAAAUGGUAACUGGGUUGCACUGGGAAUAACUUCCUGGGGUAAAGGCUGUGGAAGGAGCUGGGGAAGUAACAGCCGCCGGACUCCAUCAAAGAGAGGAUCUCCUGGGAUUUUCACUGAUGUCAGGAUGCUGCUACCCUGGAUCAAGCAGAAGCUGAGGCAGGCUGAGCAGCAGCAGCAAAACACAUCGGGACUUUGCAGCGUAAGAGAUGGGCUGCUCUCUGAAAACCAAGGUUGGAUCUGGAACCCCAGUCUUCCUAACACCCACUAUGACAAUAACCAGUUGUGUUUGUGGAGCAUCAUUGUUCCUCCAGGUUACAGUAUUCUCCUGGAGUUUGAGCAUUUUGAUGUGGAAAAUGACUCUUCUUGUCUGUAUGACCGGCUCACAGUCUCAGGAUCAACACACAGGCCUGUUGCAAUACUCUGCGGUCAGUUAUUACCAGGCCCAGUGCUUCUACAGAAUUCCCAGAAUGCAAUACUGCUCUUCUCCUCUGACAUUAACAGAACAGGGCAAGGCUUUGCACUCAGGCAUCGAGGCGUCAAGAGACACUUUCCUCCAGCAUGUGGGAUCCUGGUUCUGGUUGAGGAUCAGGUUUCAAUCCAUACUCCAAAUUACCCACAAUCCUAUGGUGAUAACUGUACACUCCGCUGGGUCAUCUACGCUCCUCCUGGACAGAUAGAUAAGCUGGACUUUGCUGAUUUUGACCUCGAGGAAUCAGAGAGAUGUUUGUAUGAUUCACUGACAGUUCUAGGAGACAUUGAAGGACACCAAGAGAUUGCUGUGUUGUGUGGUGGUAGUGUUCCUCCUGCAGUCCUUUCCUUCUCCAGCGUCAUGCUGCUUCAUUUCACCUCAGACAGCAGCAUCCCUCACAGGGGCUUCAGGGCAGCACUGACAUUCAUCAGGAUCGAAGAUCUGCAUCAUCAAGAUGAACCAGUUAAGGAGGCUCAGCCACAUGUUUCAGAUUCAUCCAGGAAGCAGUCUAACAGCAGAGCUCUGACCCAUCAGGGUCUUGUUAAACCCACUUCGUCAAAGGAUCAGGGGUUUCAUGUGGAAAUGAAAUCAGCUCAUGAAGACCAAAGUGGUGAAUCCUCAGGAAAUGGACCCUGGAAGGAAACACUUCUCCAUUAAGAUACAGAUAAACUAGUUUUCUACCAGUGAUCAACCAUUAAU